GACAGUUUGAAAAUGAUGGGAACAAAUUCAUUUGUAUUUUCAUGUUGGGAAGCAUAUAAUCAUCACCAUCACCUUGAAAUCAGACCCGAUGAUGUUUACAUGGCAAUUAUGGUUCAGUUUUCGCUUUACUUAAAUAAACAUUCAGAAAUAUUCAGAGAAAGAAUUGUCGAUUUUCAAGGCAAACAAACAAUUGAAGUUAAAACCGGAGAGCCACUUUUUAAUGCAUCCUAUGGCUUGUUAAUAAAUGAAAUUGUAAAAAAAAUGAAGUCAAAAAUUAAAGACCCAUCACUUGCGGAGUGGGCUGUACCAAAUUUUUCAACAACUACAGAGUCUGAUAAAAUUGCAUUUUCAUCAGUACUCUUAUCAACAAUGAAAAAAUAUUAUGAAUAUUCUAUUAGAUCAUAUUGUGGUUUACCAUCGGUAACUCUUUUAGGUACUGUAGAUGAUUGGGUCGAUUUAAAACACAGACUGCAAAAACUUAAAGAAUUCAAUAUCGAUAAUAAAUUCGAAAUAUUUAACACAAAUAAAUUAAUGGAUAGAUGGGUAUUAUAUUUAGAGCCAAUUAUUGAUCAAUUCAUUUCAACAGCAUCAGGUAAUCCAGAUUUAGAAUGGUGGAACUCAAUUGCUCACUAUAAACAAAGAUCAGGGGGUGAUGAUCUUACAGGUUGGUUAUCGUGUUUUUGCUGUUUUGAUAAUGAUGGUGAAUGGAUAGCAAAUCAAAUUAAAACUAGAAAAUGGCCUGAUAUUGUUUUUACUAAAAUAGCAAAUGGUUAUGUGGAUACUACAAUAAAGUUAAUUGAUGGCGAUGAAACAGAAUACACCAGCACAUUAUUCUCAGGUCACAUUGCCACAACAACCUCAGAUACAAAAAUUAAACCAUCAAUUGAUUGGUUUUUACUU